AUGGGAAAUAAGCAAAACAAUGGAAAUCAUCCGUUUAUGGAUGAACCAAUUCCGGAAUGGUGUCAUACGCAAGAUGAUAUUAAUUUACAUAUGUUAUAUCGGCAAGAACGUGAAACACCUAAAAAACGUGGAAUUGAACUUCUAAAAGAUAAUCGUACAUGUAAGGGAAUGGCAUUUACAUUACAUGAACGACAAUAUUUUGGAAUUCAUGGUUUAUUGCCACCAGCAUUUAUGACCGAAGAUCAACAAGCAUAUCGAGUUAUUACCAAUCUUCGAGAACAACCCGAUAAUUUAGCACGUUACAUUCAAUUAGAUUCUUUACAGGAUCGUGAUGAAAAAUUAUAUUAUCGUGUAUUAUGUGAUCAUGUUAAAGAACUUCUUCCAAUUGUUUAUACGCCAACUGUUGGUUUAGCAUGCCAAAAAUUUGGUUUUAUUUAUCGAAAACCAAAAGGUUUGUAUGUAACGAUAAAUGAUAAUAGUAUUAGCAAAAUCUAUCAUAUCCUUUCAAAUUGGCCUGAAAUUGAUAUUCGGGUGAUUGUGGUAACAGAUGGUGAACGAAUUCUUGGUCUAGGUGAUCUUGGAUGUUAUGGUAUGGGAAUACCUGUAGGCAAAUUAUCUCUUUAUGUUGCUCUUGCUGGUGUACAACCAAAAUGGUGUUUACCGGUUGUAUUAGAUGUUGGAACAGAUAAUGAAACUUUAUUAGAAGAUCCAUUUUAUAUUGGAUUACGUCGAAAACGAAUACGUGGCGAAGAAUAUGAUAAUUUUAUUGAUAAUUUUAUGAAAGCAUGCACUAAAAGAUUUGGACAAAAUUUACUGAUUCAAUUUGAAGAUUUUGCACGACAAAAUGCUUAUCAUCUUUUGGAAAGAUAUCGAAAUCAAUAUUGCGUUUUCAAUGAUGAUAUACAAGGUACAGCUUCGGUAGCUUUAGCUGGACUUUUGGCAUGUCGUAAACAUACCGGAAAAUCAUUAUCUGCUGAAAAAUAA